AUGUCCGACUUCUCUCUAAGAUGCCUUCUUAUGAGACUAGAAAAUCUAUGGGACAAAUGGAACAUCCGAGGGGCUAUGUUGUUCAGUCUCUUGUUGCAGUUCGUAUUGGUUUUUGUGGCCCCAUUAAGAAAAUCCACGAGGAAAAAAGCUCGUCACCUACCUCCUUUGGACUGCAUAUCGUUGUCUGAUGCAGCUGCCAAGUCUUCCAUUGCUUGGCUAAGGCAUUUUUUCAGCCUUGUUACUCAAGCGGGGGCUGUUGCCUAUGUCUUCUUCCUGUCACUUCCACAUAACAACCUAAUGAUCCCCACGGCACUCAUGUUUUGCGCCGGUUUCAUCAAGUACGGGGAUCGGACACUGUCUUUGUAUUUAGCGAGCUUGGACAAAAUUCGUGAUUCGAUGACUAGAGAAGCGGAUCCUGGCCCCGACUACUCUAAACUCACGAUGGAAUACGAGUUCAAGAGAGGGGCGGGGCUUCCGACGAGAAUUGUUUUGGCACCUGAGCCAGAAGCCUCCGAUAUUCCACACAAGGAAGGCAAUCUGAAUCAUUUGGAAGUGGUGUCCUAUGCUUAUCACUACUUCCAAACAUUCAAGGGAAUUAUCGCAGAUCUCAUGUUCAGCUACCCUUUUGACGAGAGCCGUGAUUUCUUCAACAGGAGGACAGCUGAAGAUGCUCUGAGGGUAAUCGAGGUUGAACUCAACUUCAUAUACGAGACUCUGUUUACCAAGAUAGAAUGUGUCUACUCUUGGCCUGGAUUUAUUUCUCGGUGCCUAGCUUUUGGCUCGACUUUGGCUACUCUUGGAAUCUUCCAUUUCAAAACGGAGAAACAUGAAUACAAUAGAUCGGAAGUUGGAAUCACCUACACUUUGCUCCUUGGUGCCAUUUCCCUGGAUGUAAUAGCCUUCUUGUCCAUUGUCACAGAUCGUACUUUUACUUUUAUAAAUAUCAACCCUGAUCGUCCUACCCAUGGGAUCAUGGGAGUCGUGGCAUCCGUCUUCAGCAAUAUCCUUGCCCUCAAGAAAUCGCGGUGGCAUCUUUGUAAAUGUACUGAAGUGCCUAAAGACCGUCAUCAUGUGUUGGCCAAUCCCACUGCAUUUCGAAGGUGGUCUGGAUCCAUCUCAUCACACAACUUAAUAAGGUAUUGUCUGAAAAGCGAUAAGAAAAGCAUCCAUGAAUUCCCAAGUUUGCGUCUAAUCGUGUUUGGAAAAAUAUUUCAUUUCUUGGGGUUCGAUCCAGAAAAAGUUUGUUUGGGGUUCGAUCGAGUCAAAAGAAGGGUUACCGAUUGUUUUAUCAUGAUCAUCACAUGCCCUUGUACAUUUUUCUGGCGUAUCACCAACAGUUUUCCAAGGCCUAUAAAAAAGACACUAUGCUCGCCGUUUACCGAAAUUUACAGCUGGAUUGAAGAUACUCUUGACGAGUUUUUUUAUGUGUCCAUUGAGCCAUUCAUUAAGGAGCUAUGGGAAUUCAUCUUCGAUGAGCUAAAGAAGAAAGCAGAGUUCGCAGAUACUCCAGAAACUGCAAAGAGGAUAUCGUCGGCCAGAGGCGAGUGGGCUUUGACGGAUAUCGAUUCUGAGCACGAUCGUAGCAAGAUACUCAGGUAUGUGAGUGAUGUUCCAUAUGAUGAGAGCAUUCUCUUGUGGCACAUUGCGACUGAUCUAUGCUACCAAACUGAAAAGGAGGAGACCGAGUCGGAAAACGGUGGCAAGAAUCUGAAAUACAUGCACUUCAGCAAAAUACUGUCGGACUACAUGUUGUAUCUUCUCGUAUUUCAGCCAACCAUGAUGUCCCCCGUCGCUGACAAGAAGGCUUGCGGAGAAAUAUUGUUGGUGAAUACGGAUGUUGAACCUGAGCACGUGAAGGGAAACCGAAGCAAGUCCGUGUUAUUCAGUGCAAGCAUACUGGCCAAAGAGCUGAAGAGGAUGGACGAUGAAGACAAGGAGAAUAAGUGGAUGGUAAUGAGCAGAGUGUGGGUGGAAUUAGUGUCGUAUGCGGCGCGCCAUUGUAGAGGAAUUACAUAUGCUGCAGAGGUGGUACUGAUUUUCGUGGCCCCAGUAAGAAAAUCCGCGAGGAAAAAGGUCGCCAUCUUACUCAUUUGGAUUGCGUACUUGUUGGCUGACGCAGCUGCCAAUUUUGCCGUUGGUCUCAUAUCCAACAGCCAACGCGGCCAAUCUGAUUCUGAUAAGUCCGAGGAUCCGGUGAAGAAAAUUCAGAGCGGCCUAAUGGCAUUCUGGGCGCCAUUCCUUUUAUUACACCUUGGCGGCCCCGACACCAUCACUGCUUUUUCUCUCGAGGAUAAUCAGCUUUGGCCGAGGCAUUUGUUCGGCCUUGUUGUUCAAGCGGGGCUGUAUCUAUGUCUUCUUCCAGUCACUUCCCAACGACAAGCUAAUGAUCCCCACGAUACUCAUGUUUUGCGCUGGUAUCAUCAAGUACGUGGAGCGGACAGUGGCUUUGUAUUUAGCGAGCCUGGACACAUUUCGUGA